AGCAAGGUGUACUGUACUAGGCAUACAAUAAAAAUGUAUUCUAUUGUAGUAAUUAGUGUUUUUCUUUUCAAUGUCUUUGCUUCGGCAAAAGACGUGCUAACACCCGUUCCUUAUCAUGCAUCAGUAAGGACCGAUAAGGGCCAUAUUUGCUCAGGAGCAAUCCUUGCUGAAAAAUGGAUUGCCACGGUCGCUCAUAUCUUGAUAGUUCAAGAUACAGACGCAAAGCUUAACGUUGUCGUUGGCACAAACCAGUUAAAUGGACCUGGGGAUAGCUACGCAGUCUCUAAAAUAUUUUUCUACCCAAAAUAUAAUUCAAGCUAUAUUCUCAAAUAUAAUAUGGCUUUAUUAAAACUCGAUAAGGGUAUCAAGUUUGGAUCCCAGGUUAAAGCUAUAAGUCCACUCAAUUCUGACACAAAGGAAGGUGCUAAUUUAGUGGUCACGGGCUGGAAAACACCAAAAGAUUAUUUUAGGACCAACAACUUACAAGAGAAAUAUGUUACUUCUAUAAGUAACAAGAAAUGUAGAAAUUACUUCGGUUUCGUUGACGGAUUCCACCUCUGUUCGGAAGAUAAGUCGGACUUCGUCGGUGAUGCCGACUAUUUCCGUGACGCCGGUGGUCCAUUGGUUGAGAAUGACAAGCUUGUAGGCAUACUCAAUCAGUUCUUCGGAAGACUUCCAGCCCUUUAUAGCAGGGUUUUCAAGUAUAGAAGCUGGAUUAAGAAGACUAUGUCUAAGAAUAAGUAGUGUUACAAGUGUACACAAAAUGGAAUUUCUUAAUUUUGAGUUUCAUAAUAAAAUUGAUAGAAAAAU